AUGUCGUCGCCUCAGCUUCAGCAGCAGCGACCGAGCAGUGGCGCUGGCUUGCAAGGUGACUUCCGCGUGGAAGUGCUAGGCAGCCAGGAGUCGCUGGACUUGGACUGCGGCAAGUUUUACACGGAAUACAUUCUGCGCUGCUCGUGGAUUGAAAGCAAUCAAACCCCAGAGAUCUGGGACGUCGUGCGUCGCUACCGGGAAUUCUGUGCAAUUGACAUCUUGCUGCGAGAGAAGUACCCGUCGCGUGCGCCCAUGUUCCCGUACCUGCCUAGCAAGAAGUACAUUGGCUCGUCGUUGUCAGCCGACUUUGUGGACAAGCGACAGCGCAACCUCGGCUACUACAUCAUGUCGGUUCUACACAGCUGCCCACUACUCGUGCAGGACGAGAUCAUCGACUCGUUCUUGGACAUCAAGCGGCACAUUCUAGAGCGCGCGCGAGAGGAGAAAAGCGACAGAACCUCGGCAUCCACAUCGACACCGAGUAGCUGCGGACGGCACUGA